AUGGUCGACUUCGGCUUCCAGAUGGUGUCCGAGGGCCUCAAGUCGUCCCUCGUCCGCGACGUCUUCAAGUCCGUCGCGCCGUCCUACGACGUCAUGAACGACCUGAUGUCAGGCGGACUGCACCGCCUCUGGAAGGACCAGGUCGUCGACAUGCUCGGACCCUUCCGCGGCAUGUCGCACCUCGACGUCGCAGGCGGCACGGGAGACAUCGCGAGCAGGGUGGUCCGCGCGAUCAACGCGUAUCCGGAAGGCUUGCAGGCGGAGCGGGCUGCGGGUGGGAGGUCGCGCGUGGUGGUGAGCGACAUCAACGAGGACAUGCUCGAGGUGGGGCGGAAGCGGGAGUGGGCGCAGCAGACGGGGUGCGUGGACGUGGAGUGGGCCGUUGCGGACGCGGAGAACCUGCCGUUCCCGGACAAUGAGUUUGACGCGUACACGGUCGCGUUCGGGAUCCGGAACGUGACGCGACGGGACAAGGCGCUGCGGGAGGCACACAGGGUCCUGAAGCGCGGGGGCAGGUUCUUGUGUCUGGAGUUCAGCCACGUCGAGGACGAGUUCCUGAGCAAGGCGUACGACGCGUAUUCGUUCCACGUGAUCCCCGCGAUCGGGCAGGCCGUGGCGGGGGACGCCAAGAGCUACGAGUACCUCGUCGAGAGCAUUCGGCAGUUCCCGAACGCCGAGGACUUCGCGCGGGAGGUCCGCGGCGCCGGGUUCCGCGCGGUGUCGCACGAAACGCUGACCAUGGGCGUCGUGGCCAUCCACUCGGGCUUCAAACUGUGA